AUGUCCACUUCAAGGGUAAACCUAGAAAAAUAUCGAAUUCCACUAGCGGAGAUCAUUCAGGCCACAAAACACUUCAGUUCAGAAACUCUGGUCGGAGAUGGUGGAUUUAGUAUGGUCUACAGAGGACAACUCUCUAACCACUGGGAAAACCAGCAAUAUGCUACUAACAGAAGCCUUGAUUAUCACCUCAAUGACCCAGACAAGAGGAGUCGCCUAACAUGGGAACAACGCCUGAAGAUAUGCUUGGGGACAGCAAGAGGAGUCAAUUACCUUCAUUCUGGUCUUGGGAAGCACUGCAGAGUAAUUCAUACAGAUUUUAAAAGCGCAAAUGUUUUGUUAGAUGAAAAUAUGGAAGCCAAAAUAUGUGAUUUUGGUUUGUCAAGAUUUUGUCCAAGAAAUCAGCAGGAUACCCUUGUUCGUACAAGGCCUUGUGGUACAAGGUGUUACAUUGAUCCUGUUUACAACGAAAGAGGCAGGCUCUCUAAAGAGUGCGACAUAUACUCAUUUGGAGUGGUAAUGUUUGAAGUGUCGAGUGGGAUGAUGGCUUAUAAGCUAAGGCCCUUAAAAGAUACGAAUGAACUGUUUCUAAUCGACAUAGUCCGAAGCUACUAUGACGAUCAUGGACUCGUUGACGGACUUGACAGGUUAAAAGAUCCCACUAUCAAAGAUCAGAUUGAUAUGAGAUCUUUUCAUAAAUUUAACGAAAUUGCACAUGAGUGCAUUAACAUGGACAGAAAGAAACGCCCCACCAUGGAUAAGAUCAUCAAGGCGAUUGAGGAAGCGUUGGAUUUCCAAGAGCGACUUCUGCCACAGGAUUACCAAGAAAUCAUUGCGAGGGCAGUUCCACCACUGGAUUUUGGCUCUAAAAAGCAGCUUUACUUCUGCUUAUCGGACUCACAUACUUUCCUCAAUGAUGGCUACUUGGUAAAUCGACCAUCUUUGUGA